AUGGCCUUCAAGAAUGGGCUUAGCGAACGCCUCGACGAGCUGCGAUUCCCUUCCCCUCGAUCCCCCCCUUCCGAGUCGCCCUUUGCCGGUUACAGCUCCUUGUCUCCCGGUCACUCAACCCUCAUGACCUCCUUUUCGCGGCCCUCCACCGACGUGCGGGCAAACCUCCAGCGACGCUUCACUACAGACUCCAGCAAGCUCUCCUCUUGGAGCUACCUGAAUCAGGGUGCCACUCCACAGGUCCCCGACGCCAUGGAUCUUCUAUCUUCGUUUGAGAAGAAACGCCAACAUAUCGAGUAUAUGAGAGAGCAGAAGAGACGUUUUGAGGAAGAUAUGAAGCUCUUAGAUCUGCAGCAGGAGCGAGAGAAGCAAGAAAUGGAUCAGCUCGCCCGGGAUCUUGCCAAAGCUGGGUUGUCGGGUCCUGUCAGUGAGCCUACCACGCCGCCAGAGUAUCGUGAGAAUAGCCUCUCUGGGGCUUUCUCUCGCCCGACCCGCUUCUCAACCUCCAGCGUCACUUCAUCCCCGGGUUUCUUCAGCGUCUUUGCACCCUCGCAUGUGACGUCACCCCCUAGCCAAACCACCUCCAUCGCUCAGGACGGCAAUCGCUUCUCGGUGCACUCUGUCCCUGGCUCCCGCCGAAACUCAGAGAAGGAGGAAUUCCUUCAGGAGUCCGUGUCGACUUUCCGUCCAGGCCCUUCUCUACACCGCUACUCAAUGCCUUCUGGUGGGUUGGGCUCCGCCUCCCAGUACCGCUCUGGGGGUUCUGGCUCUGGCCCUGGUUUCAACGGUUCUUCAGGCCUGGAAACAUUUACUGCCGCUAAAUACCUCUUCCAUGACGACGACAAAAACCUGCUGAAGGACGAUGAUCGUAUUUCGACUCCUGACAUUAAAAGCUACCUCAAAAUGACUGACCCUGACGACAAAUUCCCGACUUUGUCGCGCCGUGAUGACUCUGGUUUGCUGUCUGCAAACUCUGACGCCUUGGACUUGGCCAAUUCUCGCACUCCUGGGCCCGAGUCUUGGAAUAGUCACAGUCGUCACCGUUCCUCGCACCAGAGCAUGCCGCAGAAUACCCUGAACAUGUUCCGUUUGGAUCAGUUGGGCAGCCCACCCGACAAGCAUAUCAAAGCAGCCAACUCGGCUCGCCACGCUGCCAGACACUCUCUCGAGGCCAACCUGCUGUUCCGUACCGAGUCAGGUAACGACAAUGCCACCACCGUCCCGACCACUCGUCCCAUGCCUCUCCAGUCAUCCUUCUCCACCAACGAUCUGCCAACUGUGAAAGCAAACGUCCCUCCCACUACGGUGACUCCUCCCAAGACCCAUGCGGAGCAUUUCCACCAGCACAACGCAAGUCUUGGAAGGAUCCCUGUCGCUGUCGUUAACCCCCGCCAGACCCAGGACUCCCCUGAACGCGACGAAGCAAAUCUUCAAAACACUCAGACUCUGCAGCCUGUUACCGCCGCUGCCACCACCCUUCAAGCCAGUGCUGCACCGUUUGGACCUCAACUCAUCUCAGUGGCGCCAGGUGCGACCGCCGCCGGGGGAAAUGUCGCCGCUAAUACCAUCAACCCCCUGCAGCCUCCCUUCUUUGGCUAUAAUCUACAGCCAUAUGCGGGCAAUGGUAUACCGGUCAACGGCCAUGUCUCACCCUAUCCCGCUUCGACUCAGUUUUCGGGUUUUCCUCCUUACAGCAACUACCGGUUCCCUGAUAGCCCUGGUAGAACUGUGAAUGGUCGUCGUGCCGUAGAAGGCGAUUCCUCCGCUCAGCUGUCUCGCUUCACCAACUUCCCUCUGGAACACUACCGUGGCGAACUCUACAGCCUCUGCAAGGAUCAGCAUGGUUGCAGAUAUCUGCAGAGAAAGCUCGAGGAACGAAACAACGAGCAUGUGCAGCUGAUCUUCAAUGAGACUCACCUUCACGUGGUUGAGCUGAUGACGGAUCCCUUUGGAAACUACCUGUGCCAGAAGCUCCUCGAAUAUUCCAAUGAUGAACAGAGGACGGCACUGAUCAACAACGCUGCUGCUCAACUGGUGAAGAUCGCAUUGAACCAGCACGGCACUAGGGCCCUGCAAAAGAUGAUCGAGUUCAUCUCCACCCCUGAGCAGAUUCAGACGGUCAUCCGCUCCUUGGAAGAUAAUGUCGUCGAGCUGGUCCAGGACCUGAAUGGUAACCAUGUCAUCCAAAAGUGCUUGAACCGUCUUUCUGCCGAGGAUUCUCAAUUCAUCUAUGAUGCUGUUGGUGCGAACUGUGUGGUUGUCGGCACUCAUCGCCACGGGUGCUGCGUCCUGCAGCGUUGCAUCGACCAUGCCUCUGGUGAGCAGAGAGCCCGCCUGAUUGCACAGAUCACCGCCAACGCGUUCUCGCUCGUCCAAGACCCAUUCGGAAACUACGUAGUGCAGUACAUCCUCGAUCUCGCGGAGCCCCACUUCACCGAACCGCUCUGCCAGACUUUCCGUGGCAACAUCCCUGCCCUGUCGAAACAGAAGUUCAGCUCGAACGUGAUUGAGAAAUGCCUUCGCACUGCCGACUACCAGGUUCGCCGUCAGAUGAUUGACGAGAUGCUUGCUGGUGCCGAACUCGAAAAGAUGCUCCGAGACUCGUUCGCCAACUAUGUCGUUCAGACCGCUAUGGACUUUGCCGACCCCGACACGCGGACCCGUAUCGUGGAUUCAAUCCGCCCAAUCCUACCUACCAUCCGUCAGACUCCCCACGGACGUCGCAUUGCCGGUAAGAUGAUGGCUGUGGAGGGGUCCGGCCGUGGAAGCGCGUCGACCAGUGGACAGGUGACUCCGAAUGAAAUGAACUCCGCCCAGCUUCCUGGACCCCUUCAGGGAACGCCCAAGCAAUUUGUCUUCCAGCCGAAUGCCUUUGCUGGUUCUCCAGUUAGCAGCCAGUUUCCUGCUGGUGCUACCCAGGCAUUCAUGCCUGCCGCUGGCUCGGGCACUGCUCCCAACCACGCCUCCUCCGCAGGGGUCGGUGAAGCGAUGCCCAUUUUCGCCCCUGCGGCUCAGCAGCCCAAUGGCAAUCUUAUUGCUCAGAACCCGCUGUACAAUUACUUCUGA